GUUGCGUUUCGUUGUUGUUUGGUUGUGCGAGUGAUGUUUGCGUUGCAAAAAGAGCUAAAAAUUUAAAGCCAAAUCGGUGAACUUUUUACGGCCGCGUCCUUUUUCGUCUUCUGUCCGGCAAUAAUCGGUGGUAAUUCUUUGUUGCUAACAGUUCGGAUCGGAAAAUUUCGUGAACGUAAAAUGGCAGUGAAUGCUUUGGAAGCAGCAGUGAUAUUUUGAUGAGCAACAUUUUAUCGAUCGAUUGUCCACACCGCUCCUGCUGCUGACGCAAAUCUGUCAACGUACAAACAAGAGCCACACAGAAACGGGAGGGGUCAAGUAGUGAAAAUUUUGGAUUUAUUUGAUGUGUUUCCUGAAAAUAACAUACCAAGGUUGAAGGAUGCUUCUGUGCAGUCGGUAUGCUGAGUUUGUUUUGCUGUGAUGAUGGUUUAAGCUAUACCUAGUGUCCGAUCUAAGUAAGAAGGGUGGAGGCAAAUUAGUUAUACAAAGCAGGUUUAUGACGAAGAGAGCAUAGCGCCUCGGAAUAGUAGUUAUCGGUUCGCAAAUUGGCCAUAAGAAAACUAAUUAUCCACAUCCAGACGUGCAGGUGAAUAGAUUAUAAAACGCGCACAAGGGGGUCCAGGAGACCAGGUGAAUCUACACAGCCACAGAUAGAGUGCAACCAAAUCGAGCGCGAAAUGCGGCGAUAGGACCCAGUCGUGUCGUGACGGGACGCAAUGCUACACCGGAAGAAGCCCUCAUCGCAGCGUAGUCCACCCGCGGAUAGGACUGCGUUCAAAACCUGAGUACCUACUGCACUAACUACUUUCGAGAGCAAUUUCAAUUACCUUGGUGCAACUAUCGCGACGUUAGGUGUAGAAUGGAAAGCUAGCUUUAGAUCAUUAGUGAAACGAACUGACAAGUGAUAACAGGUGAAAUCUCAGCAAAGCUGUUCGUGGCAGAAUACGAUUGAAGUUGCAACAGUGAGUUAAUACAAGUACAACAAGAACGUGGUAAAGCGACAACACAGCAAGUUACCGGAUACUGCAAAACAUAAGAUGCUGAACUCCACCUCCAAGCAUUUGCUGCAUUGUGCGCUGCUCGUCACGUUAGUGGUUGUGUUCCUAGUAUUUACGGGAGGUAUCAAAGUAAACGAGAACAGCUUUGUGUCGGUUGAUCCUUGGGAGGAAUAUGGCACGAUACCAACGCUACUGCUAUACAUGCUGCGGUUGCUUACGUUCCUGACGCUACCCCAGGUGAUAUUCAAUUUACUCGGACUGGUGUGCUACAAUGCCUUCCCAGACAAGGUAGUGCUAAAAGGGUCGCCUUUGUUGGCACCAUUCAUAUGCAUUCGGGUCGUAACCCGUGGCGACUAUCCGGAUCUAGUCAAAUCCAAUGUGAUGCGUAACAUGAAUACAUGUUUGGAUACCGGGCUGGAAAACUUCCUGAUCGAAGUUGUUACCGACAAGGCAGUGAAUCUGCUUAAGCACCGCCGAACGCGGGAGAUCGUUGUCCCGAAAGAUUACAAAACGAAAACCGGUGCCAUGUUCAAAUCGCGCGCCUUGCAGUACUGCCUGGAGGACACGGUAAACGUACUUAACAACAACGACUGGGUGGUGCAUCUGGACGAGGAAACACUACUAACCAAGAACAGUGUGCGGGGCAUUAUCAACUUUGUCCUGGACGGGAAGCAUCCCUUCGGGCAGGGGCUGAUUACGUACGCCAACGAAAACGUCGUCAACUGGCUGACGACGCUGGCCGACAGCUUCCGUGUUUCGGACGACAUGGGCAAGCUGCGGUUGCAGUUCAAAAUGUUCCACAAGCCGUUCUUCAGUUGGAAGGGCAGUUACGUCGUUACUCAGGUCCACGCCGAGAAGGAGGUCUCGUUCGACAACGGAAUCGACGGUUCGGUGGCCGAGGAUUGUUUCUUUGCGAUGCGAGCGUUCGCCAAGGGAUACAGCUUCAACUUCAUCGAGGGUGAAAUGUACGAAAAGUCGCCGUUCACCUUGCUGGACUUCCUGCAGCAGCGGAAACGCUGGCUGCAGGGAAUCCUGCUGGUGGUGCACUCGAACGCGAUCCCGUGGUACAACAAAUUUCUGCUUACCAUCAGUGUGUACUCCUGGGUCACGAUGCCCCUGUCCACUUCGAACAUGAUUUUCGCCGCUCUGUAUCCGAUUCCCUGUCCGAACAUGGUGGACUUUCUGUGCGCUUUCAUCGCAGGCUUCAACAUCUACAUGUACGUUUUCGGGGUGAUAAAAUCGUUCUCCCUGUACCGUUUCGGAGUGGUUAAGUUCCUCGCGUGCGUCCUGGGAGCACUGUGCACGAUCCCGAUCAAUGUUAUCAUCGAAAACGUUGCCGUCAUCUGGGGUCUCGUCGGGAAGAAGCACAAAUUCUACGUCGUACAGAAGGAUGUCCAUGCACUGGUGACUGUUUAAGUCUGCCUUUACACGACUACCGGUGGUGGUCAGGUUUUAGGAAAAGGUCGCGGCCGAUGAAUUACUUCGAUUCACUAUCUGAUGACGAUAGGCUCUAGCGGUAUUAUUUACCAUUACUAGGCAUUAGAACUUUUCUUUUCAUGUAGCUGUGUAAGUUAAGCAGGUUAGCUGUUGUUAUUAUUACCUGUAAAUUUGAUAUGAUUCAGUAUUUUCUCUGAAUUACCAAGAAAAGGUAUAGUUUCGCGCGUUGAUAGAAAAGUCUUGUACUUUUGUUUGUUGUUCACACUCAACAAACUUGCUACAUACAAGUAUAGGUUAUACGCGUGACAAAAAGUGUUUGUUUUCAUUCAACCUUCUGAUAACCGAGGGUACGUAGCUCAUCACGGAGUUUACAAUAAAAUAUUGAUGGUUCUUGGCAAUAUCGCUUAAUAACGGUAAUGGAAAUUUAAUUGAAAGGCUGAUAGGGCUUCAUUAACCGGAAAUGUGCAGCAGCAGCAGCGAAACAAACGCAACACUUGAAUUCACACGCUGUUGUCACGCCAACCAUCUAUUAGUAGGAUAAUAAAUGCAAGCUGACCGGUAAUUUAACUUUUCAAGGCCUACUUUACCUACAAUGAGAACUAUUCGGAAAACUACUCCAUUUUUAUAUGACACAAGUCUCAUACCUACUGAUUGGCUUGUAAAUCACAAACUAAGAAAUUAAGCUAGGCUCAAAUAAUUUAUUUGUUAUGACCUACUACAGUCUUUUCCAUUGCGCCGUUUUAGAAAUGUUUCCCAAAUACAUCUUAAAUAAAGCAUAAUUUUGAUAUCUUCACCAUUGGAACAAAUUUGAAAAAUGUUUUCUGGGGGAAAAUUUUUCAGGUUAUUUUUCGUACAUCCUGAUAUCCAUUCUCUGCUAUUGAAAUUUAGAAUUGAUUCAACCAGAAAAAAGGGAACAUCAGCGUAAAGGCACAGUCUACAUCCGUGAUGAGUAACUUUCCCUUUUCCUGUAGUGUAAAGAGCAUGCUAAUGUUUAGGUGGAAAAUGCGAUAUGCGAGAGGGCAAGGAAACGCUAAUGAGAUUUUCAUGGUUUGUUAUUUAUUUUACCUGUUUAUUUCGUGUAUAAUUGUUUACCAUAAAUUAGAACGUUAAGUGUACAUUAUAUUUGGGAACUGUGUUCUCUGGUCGAGUGGAUUGAUAUCAGCAUCACUGAAAUAGACAGAAAUUACACUCAUUGGAAGGAAACCUUUGUGCUAAUUCAAAAGAGAUCCUUUGUAAUUUUAUCCUGAUCUAUCUUAGCUAAGCAUCACAGAGGGAGCAAAAACUGAACAGGUAUUCUGUUUGCAAUGAUUUCAGUCAUCAAAAGAAGCAUGAUAGAACUUGAUAAUCACAACCAAUUGUUACUGUUUCGUAGAAAUCACUGCUUGUACGCCACAUAAUUUAUUAAGAUUAAACGCUUGUUCAGAUUGCGCGCCGAGAACGUUUAGCUACUAGUUUAGUACGAUGAUAACAGAAAACAAAUUACUCAUAUUAGAACAAAAUUAUGAACAGAAUAAACAUCCACGUCCACACACGUUGUUCAUUACCUAUUAACAAGAUACAACGCUAGUAAUGACAGAAUAAAUAUUAUUAAUAAAAACGGAAAACCAAACAAAAAUCUUCAAAAAAGUAAGCAGCAUUUAAAUUAGUGAAUAAUUGAAACUGUACUAUUGGAUAUAGAGAUAAAGUAAAACAAAAAAAAAACUUCAGCAAAACAAUCUAGAAGUUAAUACCACAACAACACAUGCUAAGAAAAAAGUAAUUCCAAGGUCGUCGUCGUCGUCGGUGAUGUUUUAAAGAAACAGCUUAAGAGGGGGAUUGUUUCUAUACAUUUUUCUAUAGGGACAGCCAUUUGAUAUGAACAAAUAGUAGAAGUAUGAAAACAAAUAGCAGCGCAAAAAUAACACUUUGAAAACAGUCGUCGCAAUAAGCUAGCAAAAGCAAAACAGAAACAGAAACACACGCAAAUGUUAUUUAUGAUCUAACCUUCAAAUGGAACUGGCGGUAAAAUUAACAAAUAAAAUAAUUGCGA